AUGUUUGCUGACUUUUGCUGCACGUUGACGAUUAUAAAGGAAGUUUCUAUCUAUCUAUCUAUCUAUAUGUUCUUUUCCUUCUUUCUUUCAUUCUUUCUUUAUUUAUUUAUUUCUAUCCCUCUAAGUCUCCCUAAAUUUGUUUAUAUGUCAGUUUCUCCGUCUUUUUCCUUUUCAUAUCUAUCUUCGUUCAUAUUUAAGUUUGUUUCUUUACAUCUAUCUAUCUAUCUAUCUAUCUAUCUAUCUAUCUAUCUAUCUGAGUCUUUUUAUAUAUGUCUAUCUGGUAGUCUGUUUCUAUCUCUAUCUCCUGUCAUAAUUAUCUUUGCUCAUAUGUGUCUGCUUCUUUCUUUCUAUCUAUCUAUCUAUCUAUCUAUCUAUCUAUCUAUCUAUCUAUCUAUCUAUCUAUAUGUGUCUUUCUUUCUCUAUAUCUCUAUCAUUUCCUUCUUUUUAUCUAUCUAUCUAUCUAUCUAUCUAUCUAUCUAUCUAUCUAUCUAUCUAGUCAUAUUCUCUUUUUUUCCGUCCAUCACACUCCCCACUAGUCUUUUCUUUUUUCUUUGUCUCCCUUCUUAUUCACUUUUAGCCACUGGAAGAGUUGGGACUUACCAUUCGUUUCUCUAUCAUUUUUUUCUCUAUCAUUCUUUUCUCUAUCAUUCCUUUCUCGGUAUCAUUCCUUUCUCCAUCAUUCCUUUCUCCAUCAUUCCUUUCUCAGUAUCAUUCCCUUCUCAGUAUCAUUCCUUUCUCUAUCAUUUCUUUCUCUAUCAUUCCUUUCUCGGUAUCAUUCCUUUCUCAGUAUUGUUCCUUUCUUGGUAUCACUUCUUUCUCCAUCAUUCCUUUCUCAGUAUCAUUCCUUUCUCCAUCAUUCCUUUCUCAGUAUCAUUCCUUUCUCUAUCAUUUCUUUCUCUAUCAUUCCUUUCUCGGUAUCAUUCCUUUCUCAGUAUUGUUCCUUUCUUGGUAUCACUUCUUUCUCCAUCAUUCCUUUCUCAGUAUCAUUCCUUUCUCCAUCAUUCCUUUCUCAGUAUCAUUCCUUUCUCUAUCAUUUCUUUCUCUAUCAUUCCUUUCUCGGUAUCAUUCCUUUCUCAGUAUUGUUCCUUUCUUGGUAUCACUUCUUUCUCCAUCAUUCCUUUCUCAGUAUCAUUCCUUUCUCCAACAUUCCUUUCUCAGUGUCAUUCCUUUCUCUAUCAUUUCUUUCUCUAUCAUUCUUUUCUCUAUCAUUCCUUUCUCGGUAUCAUUCCUUUCUCAGUAUUGUUCCUUUCUUGGUAUCAUUCCUUUCUCCAUCAUUCCUUUCUCCAUCAUUCCUUUCACAGUAUCAUUCCUUUCUCUAUCAUUCCUUUCUCGGUAUCAUUCUUUUCUCAGUAUUUUUCCUUUCUUGGUAUCAAGUAUUUCUCCAUCCUUCCUUUCUCAUUAUCAUUUUUUUCGGUAUCCCUUUCUAUCCUUUUCCCUUUUCUAUUAUUUAUUUCCAUACCCUUUCUUUUCUCUGUUAUUAUUCCUUUAUCUCAAUCUUUCCUUUCUCUGUAUCAUUCAUCCUCUGUAUCAUUACUUUCCAUGUAUUCUUUUUUUUUCUAUAUCAUCUUUAUCGAUUUUUCCGUUAUUUAUUCCUUACAUCAUUUAUUUCUCCGUGUUCAUCUAGGAUUCUUUCUUUCCCAUCAUCCCCUUGAAAUUUCCAUUAUUUGUCCUUCAAAUCUUUCUCGCCUAUAUUUCUUUAUUCCUUUUCCCUGCAUCAUUCUUUACCCUGUGUUCUUCUUUUUGUCAUUCAUUUCUCUCCAUUUUUCCUUUCUGUAUUCGCCCUUUCACUUUUCCAUUCAUUAUUUCUUUAUAACUUUUAUUCCUUCUGUCAUUAUUCUUUUUUUUUCUGACAUUCCUUAA